GUCCCUGGAUGGAAGGCUCCAAGUUUCCCAUCGGAAGGGUCUGCCUCAUGUCAUCUACUGUCGCCUCUGGCGUUGGCCAGAUCUCCACAGUCACCAUGAGCUUCGAGCCAUGGAAAUGUGUGAGUUUGCCUUUCACAUGAAGAAGGAUGAGGUCUGCGUGAAUCCUUACCAUUACCAAAGAGUGGAAACACCAGUUUUACCUCCCGUUCUCGUGCCAAGGCACACAGAAGUGCCCUCUGAAUUCCCACCCUUGGAUGACUACACACAUUCCAUCCCGGAGAACACAAACUUCCCAGCAGGUAUCGAACCACAGAGCAACUAUAUACCAGAGACACCACCUCCAGGUUACAUAAGUGAGGAUGGAGAAACUAGUGACCAUCAGAUGAACCAUAGCAUGGAAACAGGUUCUGCAGCUGAUUUAUCUCCAAACCCCUUGUCGCCCACGCAUAGUAACUUGGGCAGGGGAGUCAGGCUAUACUACAUUGGGGGUGAGGUCUUUGCUGAAUGCCUGAGUGACAGCGCCAUCUUUGUCCAGAGUCCGAAUUGCAACCAACGCUACGGGUGGCACCCUGCAACUGUUUGCAAGAUCCCGCCAGGAUGCAACCUCAAGAUCUUCAAUAACCAAGAGUUUGCAGCCUUGCUGGCUCAGUCAGUGAACCAGGGUUUUGAAGCAGUGUACCAGCUGACCAGGAUGUGCACAAUUCGAAUGAGCUUUGUCAAAGGCUGGGGAGCAGAAUACAGACGUCAGACAGUGACCAGUACCCCCUGCUGGAUUGAGCUUCACCUGAAUGGACCUCUGCAGUGGCUGGACAAAGUCCUUACCCAAAUGGGAUCACCAGCCAUUCGAUGCUCAAGCAUGUCGUAAAAGAUUGGAUUUAUCUCAGGGAAGACACCUGCCAAAUUUUACCAGUCGAGCUAUAGCUUUUAAUUUAUAGAAAUGUAAUUCAUUAUCAUCAACAACAACAACAGGCUCCUUCUGCAGUCUUACCGGGUACCAUCAUUGCCACUUGCCAUGAUAACUGUAAGCACUUUCUGUGGCAAUGUUGUUGGGGAAGUAUUUACAAGGGAAAACCGCAUAAUGAUUGAGAAACAAAGGAAGAAAAACAUCAAUUUUUAAUUUGUUUUCUACUGGAGAAAAACUGUGUUUUCACCCUGCUACCAGAUGGCAAAUUUGUCAGUGGUUGUUUUGUGCCAACUGUAGAUCUGACCAUUUUGUAUUAUUUGACUACUUUAAUGCCCUGUCUGUAGAACUAGAUUGAAUAGUACGGUUGCCUAGAGACCAAUUGAUCUCGCUCUCUCUAGUUUUCGUUCUUUAACAUGCUCCUGAAACUUUUGAUGGUUACGCCAGGGAAGAAGGCCAGUUCCUGCCUGCGAUUGCCAUGGUAACUUGAGCCAUUUGUUACACUCAGAAGAGAGAAACUAUUACAACUGUUCUAUUCUGAUCAGCCCGUUCUCUCAAAACUCAGUGGUUUUGAGCCCACAAUGGGUCUGCAGGCCCCACCGCUAUUUGCACCAACUGUUGGGGAUUGGGAAAAUGGAGCUGCCCUUCUCAGAGCAUAUUCUCAUCAUCAAUAUACUGGAAGCUUGUGAUUUUCUUUGUUUCUGUCUGCCAGUUCCCAUUCUUUCCUAUUAUGUUUAUGUUUUGUAUUAUGAAAGUUUGACUUGUACACUUGCCACCUGCUUUUGUUUUCUAGUCGGAGUUGAAACAGAUUUUAUGCACUUGGUUACAGUUGCCGGUAGUUAUUAUCUUUGAACAAUCCAACCUCUAUGCUGAUAACUUUUUGUUGGACUCGAUGCACCGCCUGGGAUGCUUUUGUUUAAAAAUGGCGCUAUAUAAAUGCCAGCUAUGGAGAUGUGUGUGUCGCAUCCAAUGUUUAUUUUCUUAACUCAACUCUAAUUGCACCCAAUAAAACAAAAAUUUGGGCCCAGCCUCAGUGCUGUCUGCAGCAUCUGUGUAACAUUGAAGGCUAGGAAAAAUGUGGCAUUGAGGUGUGCCUAAAAAGGCUCGUGCACACCAAAAUGGUGUUGACUGAUCUCCGUAGUGGUUAGUUCACAAUGGUUGACUUUGGAUGAUUUUCCCCUGGAUAGUCUAUCAGUGCAGAGAGGAGCGGGGUGAGGCAGGGAGGAACUAUGUAGUGGUUGAGUAAGGAUGGAGUGUAGUUCCAACAAUGAGGUAGCAUUGUUACCCACGACUUCGACAAGAAAGUGGAAAACAACAAUAUGUGGAACUGCAUCGUUGAAACAGUCAAUUUGUGCACAAGGGGGGGAUGAAAUAAAUGCAGCGAUUUACUUUGACUUGGUUUUCUGACUUGGUUUUCUAACUUGGUGCCUCAGUAGUAAUUGUUUAUAAUUUUCGGUUUUUGUUUCUGAAGGGGUCCAAUUUAAACUUACAACGCAAGCUACAUUACUAUCAUUUGACGAUGAGACUUUGACUGAACUGAAACAAUCAGUAUCUUCAAUUAAUAUAUAUUUUAAAUGGUAAAGCAUACUUUUGGUUUAGCUUGAGUGUGCACAUGUUGUUAUCCAUGCUUUUGUCAGUGCAACCUAGUCUAAUGGUGGGACUUCCUGCUCCUGGACUGGAACUUGGAGGUUAGAAAUGCAAAUCUCUAUGUGAUACCUACAUACAACUGAUUCUUCUUCUUUUCUCUACAGUGGGGUAUGGGAACUUCGCCUUCAUUUUAUCUUAAUGUUUAUACCCUAAACACAAUAUUAGAUCAUUCCCCUCCCCUAUCCCAACUGUAAUCUGUAGACUUCCUGUAUCUCACUUGAGCCUUGAUUCUUAAACAGUGAAUAUGAGAAUUAUUUCUGUGUCACAACAUGUUGUAUAUUCUCUGUGUAAGAAUCACUGGAUGCCAAUCAGGGAUAACACUUACAUGGCUAUCUUUGCUUCUUAGACCACCAAGACUAAACCUGUUGGUGAGAAGCUAUUUACAUCAGAUAUAAGGGUAAAACAAAUGGAUCUGUAGGACAGUUUAAUGUAACAGCUUGCUGUUUGUCUUUUUUCUUCAUCCAGCUACUUGCUUUGUAAUUUUCAUCUAACUAUGACUCUUUAAAAUUUCCCAUUGUGUUUAAUCUCCUGCUCAGUUUUCAUGUCUUCCUCUUUUAUAAAGUGUUUGGAACUGUUUUUAUGUGAGUAUUAUUGUGUAUAUUUGCCUACAAAUUUACACCUAUGUUUGGGGAUUAAUUUGGGGUGGGAGGUCAGAUUAUUUGUAAGCUAGUGCAUUGAAGGGGAAACGGGGAGGGGAAGAAUAUUCACUUUCCAGCUUUUUUGGUCCUGACCCUAAUCUCAUGUUCACAGCUCCCUAUCCACACUGUGUAGGUAUGGAAUGUUUCUUGUUCCCUCUGUGUCUCUGGUGACUUCAAGGAGUCUUAUUUUCAGAUCAACUUUUUUUUUUGUUUUUUUUUAAACUGGAAGCUAGGGAUGGCUUGUACACAAGAAAUAAGAUUUACAUCACUGUAUUAAUUCCAGAUCAGCAGGCUUUAAGGUUAUCCAAGAAUAUCAAGUAACUGACGGACCUGAGACAUUUUUAUCGAGAGAUUCAUUACGUUAGUCAACGUUUGAAUUCAAGCCCUGUACUAGUAGAUCACAACUUCUUUGGCACAGUUCUGGGUAAAUAAAACAGGAACAAAAACAAAGUUGCUGGAAAAGCUCAGUAGGUCUGGCAGCAUCUGUGAAGAAAAUAUCAGAGUUAACGUUUUGGGUCUGGUGACCCUUCCUCAGAACAAACUUGGAACUUCUGAGGAAGGGUCACCAGACCUGAAAUGUUAACUGUUUUUAUUUCUUCACAGGUGCUGCCAGACCUGCUGAGCUUUUCCAGCAACUUUGUUUUUGGUCCUGAUUUACAGCAGCCGUAGCUCUUUCGGUUUUUAUCUGGGUAAGUACAGUUUGGAGCUAUGUACUUUUGGAUGAGAGGUUAAAUAGAGGCUAUCCUUGUAUUCAAAAGUUGUUUGCACCAACAUUCCUUACUCAACCAUCAACACUAAAAGCAGAUUAACUUGUCAUUCACCAUGCUACAUGUGGAAUGAUGAAAAUGCAGUGGCACAGCAAAGAGGGUCUGUAAAUACAUCAUACAGCAUUUCAACUCUGAACUUUGGUUGGGACACUCAAAUUGGCACCAUUGAGAAAACCUGCAUAGCACUUGGGUUAGGAUCCCAGUUGCAUCAGCAGACCAGAGAACCCCAAGCUCCUGUCUUCCUUUCAGAGGAAUUGCAGUUAGCAUUGUGGAUCCAUCUCUCAGAUGAGCCUGAGUGUGCAGCCAGCAGUCAGUGUAUGGGGGGUGCAUUGCACUAACUCUCCCAGUCAUUUUUCUUGACAUCUCUGUAGGAAAACCAGCUGGCUUCAGUUCUAUACCUCCCUUUAAACCUUCUCUAUGCCUGUCACAGACAUUUCCAUGUGUUUUUUUUUUGAGCAGCUGCUAACACUUAUUCUUUGUGGAGGAAAAUUCCAGGCCUGAUUAACUGAGGUUUAAACAGAAGAUUGUAAUAACUGACCUUUUAGUAUACACAUUUUAAAAAAUAAAGAAGAAACCUUUUAAUUCCACUCCUUAGCGGCACUCAUGCUUUUAUUUGGAAAAAAAAUUACAUGCAAGAAAGAUUAAAAACAGUCUGCUCAGGAUUUCCUAGGAUUAUUAUCAUAGUAGCUGCUGUCUAAAAGCUGUAGCACUGGGGUAUUGAAUCCUUCUGAAAACCCCACUAGAAACUAGCAUAUUGAAUUAACAUGUUCCACAGAGCCACUCUGUCACUGAUUUUCUGUUCCAUCAAUAAAUUAAGAAUCUCCAAAAUGAUUUCCUAAUUUAGUACCACAAUUGCAAAGUACAUUAAUUACUCACAUGAGACAGCAUCUGUGAAGAGAAAGAGUCAACUCUUGAAAAGUUUUCAAAUUGAAACCAUCACUCCCUUUCUCUCUACAUAGAUACUGGUGUCGCUUAGCUCAGUUGGCUAGAUGGUUUGCAAUUCAGAGUGAUACCAACAGCACGUUUUCAAUUCUUGUACCAUACCAUGAAGGUCCUCCCUUUUUAAUCUCGCUCCUCCCCUGAGGCAUGACCACCUUCAAAUUAAACCACUGCUAGUCAUCUCUAACAAGAAAGCAGCCCUAUGGUCCCUGGGACUACGGUGACUUUACUGUUUUACAUUGAUAAUGCCUAAGUUAUUUCCAGCAUUCUUGGUUUCUAGAAAAUUAGGUAUGUGCAACAGACUGUACUAGAAGGCCAUAGCUCCAGGCAUAAAGACUUCUUAAGAUUUAGACACCCAUCAUUAUACCUACUACAGCACAGACUCCAUGACUUGUGGUUAUGGUUACAAGUAGGCAGUGCAAUGCCUGUGUUGGGAUCUGCUACUUCUUUCUACUAAGAAGUCUUUGCAUUACACUGCCAUUGGAUUUGUGCUUUAAACAAUGGAAAAUGCAGGAUUGUAACUGUACACAUAGGGAAGUCCAAGAUCAGAGAAUUGGGGAAACACCAAUAUAUGAAUGAAAACUACAAACGACAGUGUAGGUUUAAUUUAGAUUCCUGGCAUUGAUGUUACUAGAGAGAAAACUAUAGUGAAGUCAUAUUGCAGUUUUUAUUGUCAAUCACCUUUCAAGUAUGAGUUGAGAGAGAAAGAGGAAAAACAUGCCUACAACAGAAUUAGACCAGGUUACAAAUAUAAAAAGUAUAUGUGGAAUGUUGAAAUCUUAAUGUCCAUACAUCUUUUGAUGUUUAUUAGCAAAAGGUGAGCACUCAAACAAGCACCUUUAUACUGUGCAGAUUCAGGGUGUAGACUACAGGUCAUGUCCCUGUCUGGCUGGAGAACUGAACAAUCCCAAAUGACUCAGUGCUGAAUAAGCUACCUGAUACCUCCUGGGGACAUGUCAUCCAGUGUAAUCUGUGUGGGGCAAGAAUUACGUAUGCUGCUUCCCUCCCUCAAGCAACCUAUACACGAGGAACAAAAAGCGUAGUCCAUGGCUCUUCAAACUUGGUCACAGUAAUUCUGGGAAAAUGAUCUCCGUCAAGCUCCAUAGAGAUGAUCUUGACUACAUAUGUAAUUUUUGUUGUUUUAAUUAGAACAGAAGCUCCUGGAAUAGUAAUUUGGUAGUACAGAACUUGAGUAUUGUUGACAUUUGUCUAUCACAUAAGCCAAAAAGCGUUCUGUCUGUUUCACAAAUAAAUAACACGGUAUAUGAAUUUCAGUGCUAGUGUGAUGCUAGGUAUAUUGGCCGUAUGUCCAAAAGCUGUUUGGAACAAGAUAGAUAUUGACUUUACCCAGUCAAUCUGUGCUUCCAGAACAUUAGAUGUGAUGCUGUGAUUGGCCAACAUUUACCAACUAAUUAUAUGAGAAUAGUUACUUUAAAACCAAUUUAGGAUUUCAAUUGGGCCCACAUUGUCAUGCAUGUACACCUACUGGAAGCCAAAUAUUAAUACAUGGGACCCUGUUCUUUAUAGACAAAAAAAAGACAUACAUACACUGCAUCUGUUUCAACUCAACAAAAUAGGUGACAGGUAGUUUCUGGUUAAUUUCUCAGGGCAAUGCCUUUGAGUCAACCUGCCCAAUUUUAAAUUUAAAGAUUGGUCAUUAACUGUCAGUCAUCAUCAAAUUGGUGCGUUUCCAUGGUACCACCUCAAUUACAGUCCACUUACCAACCACUCAGCAGUGUCCUCAUACAGUAUUUUUUUCCCAUUUACGUUGGUAUUCUUGCAAAACAAAAAGCUUUGUUUUUUAAUACUAAAAGGGCAUUUUUUUUGCAAGAUGGAUUAAAGCACUAUUGAACAGAUUCUCAUUGUUGAGGUUUAAACAGAAAUUAACUUCAAUGGGUCUACUUUGGGACUUUCUUUAUCCUAGCAUGCUUUGUGGUGCAGUGCAUCAUGGCAUAAGGCACCAUCCACACAGCAUCUGUGAUGCUUACAACAAUGGAACAGUGAUAAUCCAUGGAAUUUAAAAAAAAGUCCCAUGCUAUGUGUAUUUUUCUAUUUAAUGAAACAUAAUGUGAUUCAUGUGAGUAUAUUUUUUACAAAGUUGGCAGUUGAACACGUAUGUCCACCUUCAUUGCUUUGUCUACUAUACCACAGAUGCAAUUUAGAUUCCUUGUGACCCACAUCAGCAUUUUCUCAAGUUCUGUAGAGGUAACUUGUGAAUCUCUCCAAGUAGCAUUAAGCUAUUUAGUUCCAGCAGAUAAUGCGGCAUUACUUUCACACUUUACAAAAAAAGGUGCUUUCUUGUACAUUGUUUCUGUUUUCUACUUUAGUGUUCAGAAAUGGCCAAAAAUCCUUUUCCAUUUAUGUAAAUGUUUCAAUGUUAUUAAAAUUCAUUUUAUCAUAUUAACCAACA